ACAAAGGUGGACCAGCCACGGAGGAGGGGACCCCCGGGGGGGGCCGGCUUUACAAUCCCCUCUGCGCCUGAUUGGCAGAUGUGCUGUGCUGGGGUUGUGGAGAAAAAAAAGAGCGGCGGAGAAGGGGAGGAAAAAAAGACAGACACAGGGUUCUUUGCGCUUUGCGCACGCUGGAUCUGGGUCCUGGCAGGAGUUUGUGUAACAAGCUGCGCAGCCCCAGGAGCAUGAGGACGGUGCCUGUGUGAGUCUGGGGAGCAGAGGCUUCUGGGAUGGACGGGGUUCAGGGCUCUGUGAGGGAGAUGCUGUCCCAUCUGCUCCAGCACGGCCACACCAGCAGCGCCUUUAAGGACAUGAACGUUGUAGCAAUGCUACAUUACUUCUGGGAGCAGAAACAAGCGCAGAGAGGCAUCGUCCAAUCAGACAGUUUAGUGGUGUACGAGUCCGCUCCCUCUCCCAGCCCCCCGUACAUCUGCUAUGUCACCUUGCCUGGGGGCAGCUGCUUCGGGAACUUCCAGUGCUGUUUCACCAAGGCGGAGGCCAGGCGGGACGCGGCCCGAAUCGCCCUCAUGAACUCGCUCUUCAACGAGCUCCCGUCCCGAAGGAUCACCCCCGAGUUCAUCUCUCAGAGCCUGGAGGAGGCAGCAUCCACUGCUAGUGGUUGCAUAAGCGAUGCCUCGGAUCCAAGCACAAGUAUUGGUGCUUACUGCCUUAUGUUGGAAUCAAACAUAGGAAAAACCAUGCUGGAGUUUCAGGAGAUAAUGACGGUGUUUCAGCUUUUGCACUGGAAUGGAACGCUGAAGGUCUUUCGAGAAAGAAAGUGUUCUCGCCAGGAAGUGAUCACGUACUACUCCCAGCAUCCUCUGGACGAGUACACGCGGAGCCACAUGGCGCUGGACUGGAUGGUGCGGGAGCACGAGAACCCGGGGUUGAUCUCCCAGGAGCUUCAGGUGGCCCUGAGGGAGCUGGGGGAGGCACGGAGGGCCGGGAGGGAGCUCCGCUUUUACAAAGAGAAGAAGGAGAUCCUGAGCCUGGCGCUUUGUCAGGCCUACAGCCAGGACCAGGAGGGCGGAGCUGGGGAGGCGCGGUGGGCUGAAACAGACCCCGCCCACGUUUACACCGAAACAGACCCCGCCCACGUUUACGCCGAAACAGACCCCGCCCACGUUUACACCGAAACAGACUCUGACCACAUUUACACCGAAACAGACCACGCCUAUGUUCACGCCGAACCAGACCAUGCCCACGUUUACACCGAAACAGACCACGCCCACGUUUACUCCAAGGACAAAAAACCGAGCAUGAGCAGGGAUCUGCCGGUCGAGACAGAUCCCAGCUAUGCUUACAGCCAUGACAAUGACCAGAUACCAGGAGGGAGUUAGUGGGCUUAUUCACACCGCAGACAGACACCCCGAAAAUCCAACAUGGAAGAGGUCAUCCCAUACACAGCCUUGAACUGACUGGCUUUCCCAUGGUUUUGAUUGAAUUCACAUUGCACCUCUCAACCCAUGGCCUUCAAAUGCUUUACAGUGAAGAAGGAGCGUCUCACGUCAACCAUCACAAAUGUGUAGCCUCCACCAGCAAGAUGCACAGCAGCCAUUUUCACCAGAAUGCUCACCACACAUCAGCUGAGGUAAAGAAACAGAGGUUCAUUUAUCCAUUAAUACAGAUAGAUGAUUCACCGCUGGAUGCAAGUCUACUCGCUUCCACCAGUAUCCAGGGUUAAGCAGUCACAAGCGUGCGUUCCUCUUAAGCAAAUCUGCCCCAGGAAUACAGUGUAUCAGUCAAAAUAUGUACUGCCAGUGGUAGUAUGGGUAUGGAGCACUUUUUGUAAAUCGGGUUCAGAUUUCCCGGAAACUGCCAAACAGUUUUCUAAUCCUACUCCAAACAACUCCUACAUUAGGCACUGCCCACGCUGACAGCGGUAUUUCCAAAAUAAACUUUUCUGGCCCUGCCAUGCUGGCAUUGGUAUUUCCACAAUAUACUUCUGCAUACCAGAGGAAAUCCACCUUUCAUGUACCUUGAUCAAGACCUAAAUACCAUUGCCAUCUGUGACAUAAAGAAUUUGAAAGACAAAAUAUUUUGUUAGGAGAACAAUCAAUGUGCAGCAAAGAAUCUUCAGUGCUGUUACUAUGGACAUUUUUACUGAAUCUCAAAAGGGAAAAUGUAAAUGGAGUGUUAAAGUUUUGUUUGUCUAUAUUUGUAAAUAAAGCUUUAUAGUGUGUGUCUUUCUAAAUCCAUUCAUUGUCAUCAAUAAAUCUUCCCACAGGUGA